AUGGCAUCGCCUUCGGGCAGCAAAGUCAAGACCAUUUUGAUAUGCUGCUUCGUCAUGUGCGGUUCUCUUCUGUUUGGCAUAGACAGUGGUGAGCUUGGUGGCUUCCAAGCUAUGGUUAGCUUUCUGAAGGACUAUGGAUACUUCGAUGAAGAAACGGACGCGUACAACAUUCGAACUCGGAUACAAACCUCCUUGAAUGCUGUAUUGCUUGUUGGCGCCACACUUGCUUCAGUCUCAGCAGGCCCCAUUGGUGCGAAAUAUGGGCGAAGACUUGGUCUGAUCUGGAUGGGACUUGUCGCUGUUGUUGGCGUCAUCUUCCAGAUCUCGGUCCCUCAUGUAUGGGGUUUACUCCUUGGCCGCUUCUUUGCUGGAGCUGGCAUUGGUUAUGCGUCGAAUUUCGUACCGAUAUAUCAAGCUGAAGUCGCCCCAACACAAAUGCGAGGGAUGAUGAUCGCUUUGUACCAGACUGGCAUCAACAUUGGUCAGCUCAUAGGGUCCUGCAUUAACCAAGGCACUUACAAGAUGUCGACUAGAUGGGCGUACAGAAUUCCCCUCAUCACACAGCUCGUCUUCCCUACCAUCCUGAUUGUUUUUGCCUCCUUCUUUCCGGAAAGCCCACGUUGGCUGCUCUCUGUCGGCAAGGUGGAAGAAAGUGCCAAGUCCAUCCGGAGGCUUCGGGGAAAGAAAUAUCCAGAGCAUCAAAUACAUGCCGAUGUAGACGAUAUCGCGAAACAUAUCAGACUCGAGAAGGAGCUUGAGGGUUCCGGCUCUUUCUUGGAUGCCUUCAGAGGUAGCGAUAGGCGACGCACUCAUAUCGCCUGUGGCGUACUCUUGUGGCAAGUUUUGUCAGGCAUCAGCUUCAUCAACGGGUACGGGACAUACUUCUACUCGGUGUCAGGUAUCUCCAACGCGUUUGUCGUGAGCAUCAUCUCCCAAGUCUGUCAACUGGCCGGCAUUAUCAUCAUGUUUCCAUCGGUUCACUUUCUCGGUCGACGGACUAUUCUCCUGUGGGGGGCUGCUGCUGAGACUAUCUGCAUGUUCACCUUCGCCAUCGUUGGAACUGUUGCACCCAGUAGCGUCGCUGCAGCAAGAUGUCUAGUGGCCUUCAGUUGUCUGUACGCCUUCUUUUUCACGUGGUCUUGGGGGCCAGUCGCGUGGAUCGUUGCAUCAGAGAUUGGAUCCAAUGUGAUGCGGUCCCGAACCCAGGCCUUGGGUUCUGCAGUAUCAUGGGCUGGCACCCUGCUCAUAGCAGUCGUGUUGCCAUACUUGAUCAACCCAACAGCGGCAAAUCUGGGUGCAAAGGUUGGGUUCAUAUUCGGCGUCACAUGCUUGCUUGGUUUCGUCUGGGCCCUCUUUUUCCUCCCAGAGACGAAGGGUCGUUCUCUCGAGGAGCUUGACGAGCUAUUUUUGAAUGGUGUCUCGGUGAAAGAUUUCAGUACCUACCAGUGCCGUGGUCACGUCGAGUAUGAAAAACACGGCGUAAUCACCACUGCUGAGCUCAGUGGGGAGACAAAGGAAGUGAUGACAAUCCAUACGGAGAAUACCAAGGCCUCUUGA